AUGGAUGAGGUCCGCGAGCCUCCGAAACCACUGUUUUCGGAUUAUAUUGAGAUGGUAUACCUCGGCAUGGUCAUCUUGAUUGGUGUGCCAUUAAACAUAAACGUAUUCAGAAGGCUGGUACUCGAGAUGAGGAAGACGCCCAGGCAUAGUGUUAAAGUGAGUACCGUUUGAUAUUUUACAUACUGUUAGUACAUUUGGUAUGAUAGAUAGUCGUUUUACUGUUCAGUAAGAGCUUAUUCAUAUGUAGCUUCUAUAACAUACGGUUCGUAUGUGAGGAGUUAUCUUUCUGCAAGAUACGAUGACAUCAGGCAGUAAACAAAUGGUUUACGUUGUGUUUUGUCAUAUAACUGUGGCCAAAAUCCUCACAAUGAUAAAGCUUUAUGGCUUUUGUUUUUGAAGAUACCAUGGCAUUACAAUACCAUGUUUUCUAUUUUAACUCAGGAGCGUUCGUUUGUCUGCGGGAAUCUUUUUAUACGUACAUACAAUGCUUCAUACUCUUUUACAUGUAAAUGUAAUACAUCUUAUGACGAUGAUUGAUUUUACUGUCAGUUGUUGACAUAUAAUACCUUUGCAUCCACUAUAGGUGUACGUUGAUAUAAUUAGACAUAUUACAGCUGUGACUGUAUAGAAGAUGUAGUAGCAGUACACAAGUGCAUACGGAAUGUAUAUGUUAUAAAUAAAACAUAAUCCGUUAAUUGUAGGGCUACUAAGGGGCUAAUAGUCAGCGCCUACUCACGUAAGUUGAUUACUAUGGUAUCACACCUGUUAUGAGUAGUACAUGAUGUUGAAAACAUAUGUACACUGAAUGACCUUAGCUAGUCUGGGAAGUGUUGUGUUGAAUAUAAUAUUCACAUAAGGCUAGGUGUUUUAAAACGUCAAAAAUCAAUAAAAAAUUAGACGAAAUGUCCACUUUUGAAUAUUUAAGAGAAUUUUAUGUCAUAACUUUUAAGACACAGUAUCAAGAGCAUUACUAUGACUAUAAAAUAUUGAUGUAAUACCUACUUAACCUAUAAAACUCAAAAUUUUACAAAAACUUUGUUUUCAGCGCAGCUUCCUUCUCCUCAAAGUCAAUCUCAACAUCAGCGACCUACUCAUCCUGCUAGUCCACGCCUUGGGCAAGUUCCUGUGGCUAGCGACAUACGAAUGGAAGGGAGGCGUGUCCCUGUGCCGUAUCUUCAACUUCCUCUCCAUGUUCACCUUAUACCUCAGUUCCAAUAUAAUCGUAUGUAUCGCAUUCGAUCGUCUUCGUACCGUGCUCGCUGCCAACAAGAUUCAGCACGGUAAGAACCAAACGUUCUGCACGCACAGUCUGAUAUGUUGUGGAUGGAUGUUUGCGGUGAUAUGGAGUCUACCACAACUGUAUGUGUGGAGGACGGUGAAUGCGUUCAAAGAGCAUCCAGGGGGGUGGAUACAGUGUACUGACAUCUGGGCCAUCAACGACUUUCAUCUGGACACUGAAGAACAUCGGAACGACAGUUUGAGGGCGUUGAUAUUGAGGGAGGAGAGCAAAGACUUCUACAAUCUGUCACAUUUGGUAAGUGCUAUAAUCUCAAGCUACGAUAGUAUGUUUUAAUAUCUCGAUUUACUUCGUAUGUCAUCUAUGAUAACAUAGCUUCAAAAUAAUCUAUUGUUUACUCUCAACAUCAUUGUAUGUUAAAAUCCGCCUACAUUGGUUAUCUUUUGCAGGUGUUCGUGUUUUAUGGUCCGCUGGUGAUGCUGAUGGUAUGUUACAUCAUAAUUGUUAUGAAGAUAAUGCAUUACAACGUCAAGAACCCGGCGGUUGCGGUAUGUGUAAACAAUUAGGAUAAAUUGCCGCCUAAGGGGAUACAUAACCUUGUUGUUAGCCUGUAUUAAUAUAAUUACACGAAUUUGGUUAGGAGUUGUUUGGCAUAUUAAUUUAGGUAUAGGUGUUACUUUGGCUGACAGUUUGUAGUUCUUCGGUCCAAAAGUUUAUAGAUCUUUUUAAUUCAGAAAAUUGUAAAAUGAACUUUUAUGUUCAAUAUUAUGCCAAAUUAUUUAUAUUUUUCUAUAAAUUUUGUGACCAAAAAUAAGCUUGAGGCUUAUAACUCUUCAAAAUAUAGCCAAAAUCUCUAAACAAUAUUCGUAUUUUAGCUAAAAAGCGAAGUCCAAACCACCCUAAAACCCUACGAUGAACUGUCAACGUAUCGUGAGAAGCGUUUGUCAUCAACCCGUAGCCUUCUCGACCUCAACUCCAACUCUCACACGUCACCGAACAGACAUCGCCAUUCAGCGGCCUUGAUAACGACGCUAAAGGGAUUCAGAAGGCACGACGAAGACGUCAGUUUAGCCUUAGAAUCGGUAUCAUUAAAUGAGAGUUUUAUCGAUGAAAAACCUUCAAACUUGUUUUUAAUUCGAUGGUUCCCGUGCCUGAGGGGAACGGAGUCUAAGACGGUACGAUCAGUGAGUCCCAUCUUCUCAUCUACACCACCUUUUGGACAUCCAGAAGGCACUGAGAGUUUGACGACGUUUAGGCAGGAGAAGGUUAAGAAGACGAGUAAGUUUGCGACAAGUUUGUAUAUCAUAUAUAUAAAAGAUAUAUCACACCCAUAAGUAACCAUAACUCAGUAAAAACCUCUACAACACAAGCUAAUCAAUCCCUUAAUUCCAGAGCUCUCCCCAAUAACAGGCUGGCGACGUCACUUGAAGAGCCGAGUAUUUAGAACGACACUAUUGAUUAUUGUAGCCCAUGUCCUGUUCUGGUUACCGUAUAACCUGUAUGCCUUAAUUAAGUACAUCAACGAAGACCUGCACCUUCGUAUGAACGAGCAUGCCAAUGUCUUCAAGGAGUUACAGUUUGUGAUUGCCAUUAUCAACCCCUUCCUCUACGGAUUCACCGCCCAAUAG